AUGUGUGGGAUGAACCAGGUCACCAACGAAGGAGAGCGAGUGAACCAGAAAUUGAGACCAACCCGAGCCGUCACCCCUGAUCCAGUUGAGAAUGAUCGAGCAAUGGAACAAGCCGGAGGAUCAGCAGCCAUACCAGGUACCCGGCCCCUUGCUGCUCCAGAGCAGGGGAUUAACCCGGGCCAACCCAGAGACAUACAACUGCAGAGAAAGGUCCCGCCCUUGGGGGUAAAAUUGGAUGGGGACCCCCAGAAAAGAUGGAGGGUGAGGGAGUAUGGAGCAGAGAGCAGCUCUCAGGCGGUGACCCUGGUGGAAGGCUUCCUCCUGAGCCAGGCGGAAGAGCAGAAGGAGCAGCUCCGGUGGCAGCGCUGCACUGUGGAGAUCAGAGAUCCUGAGGGAAAGAAGAACCCAUCAAAUCCCCCUCAGGAACUAUUUUUCAGGAGGAUCCCUUGGGAAGACCCAAGUCAGGACACCUCAGGAGAGAAGCAAGGAAUGAAUCUUUCUGGUUUUUAUGAUGGCGAUCAAACAGCAGCUGAACCUCCAAAUCAAGAGGGUCUUGUGUCCUUCCAGGAGGUGGCUGUGCCUUUCUCUGAGGAGGAAUGGUCUCAGCUGGAUCCUGACCAGAAAGCGCUGCAUUCGGAAGUCAUGCUUGAAAACCAUAGGAACGUGGUCUCUCU